UCGAGCCACAGACUUGUGCAAUGUUUUGUAAUCGUAUUUACAAAAUACUUUAAACCUAAAUUUAUAAAUAAGAAAUGCUGCGGCAUGUGCAGUGUUUGCUGCGGCUGCAAAGCAGUGGACGCCAGUCACUGGCCACCCGCCUGCGAUGCUACUCCACGGAUGAGGGCAAUCCCAAACAGAACCCCAAUCCCAAUCCCAGGGCUCAAAAGCGCGGCACCAAAAACCUACCGGCUGUGAGGAAUCCCUUUGAGGCGGCGCAGGACAGGACGAAGAACACCUACCUUACCAUGGUGGAGAUCUUUCAGGAGCGCGAUGUCCACCGCCGCAACCAUGUGGAGUUCAUCUACGCGGCACUCAAGAAUAUGGCGGAUUUCGGGGUGGAACGAGAUCUGGAGGUCUACAAGGCUCUGAUCAACGUGAUGCCCAAGGGCAAGUUCAUACCCACCAACCUGUUUCAGGCGGAGUUCAUGCACUAUCCCAAGCAGCAGCAGUGCAUCAUCGAUCUGCUGGAACAGAUGGAGGAUGUCGGUGUGAUGCCGGACCACGAGAUGGAGGCAAUGCUGCUAAAUGUGUUCGGCAGACAGGGACACCCACUGCGCAAGUACUGGCGCAUGAUGUACUGGAUGCCCAAGUUCAAGAACCUAUCACCGUGGCCUCUGCCCGAUCCUGUGCCGGACGAUACGCUGGAAAUGGCCAAGCUAGCGCUGGAACGCAUGUGUACGGUUGACCUGAGGUCCAAGAUCACGGUGUUCGAGACCAGCGAGUUAAAGGAUGCCAUCGACGAGACGUGGAUUGUCAGCGGGAUGAGUCCCGAGCAGGAGAAACUGCUGCGGGAGCACUCGCGCCAGAAGGCCCUGUACAUCGAGGGACCCUUUCACAUAUGGCUAAGGAAUCGCCGGAUCAACUACUUCACCCUGCGCGCCGAUCCAGAUCCUCAGUUCCUGUCCCAGUUGGACGAACGGCAGCUGGACGAGGACGAUGUCUCCAACAUUGAGGUGCCAUUCUUCGGUCGCGCUCCACCAAGGCGGCACAACCAGCUGGGGAAACUGCGCUCUGUCCAUCAGCAGGACGAUGGCACCAUCAUGGCCAUCUGCGCCACAGGCACCUCCACCAAGGACUCCCUGCUCUCGUGGAUCCGCCUGCUGGAGGCAAACGGAAAUCCCUCCAUAGGAGCGGUGCCCGUGCUCUUCCGGUUCACAUCCGAAGUGCCCGCCAAGGCGGAGGAGAUCGAGGGUGGGGCCAGCGUCCCAGCCACAAGUGAUAACAGGAGCAGAAGUCAAGAGGAGCAAUCAAGCAGUAGAAGUGAAUAAACCAAUUGUUGUGCAAA